CGCAGCCUUGUGCGUCUUUUCGCGGUCAGCUGACAAUUUAUCCACCAAUCAUAAGUCGUAUAGGGUUGAAAAUCCAUCCAAUUGAAGCUGCGACUUGUACGUGAAAAAAUAGGCUGCAUAUAACCUACCGACUGGAAACGUAGUUGCGCAGAUUGCGAUCGUCCGAUGAAACUACAGCAACAUGAAGGGCGACGUCACUCAAAUGAACAGCAAAGGUCAGGUCCCUGUCCAGAUGAACCCAAGCAGUCAAAGACAGGAGGCCCCAGGAGGCCUUUUGGACUCGGUGAUGAAAGCGGUCAUCGUCAUUGGAUCUGGCCUCUUUGUCCUGGCAGCCUUUGGGAACUCCUUAACAUGGCAUCUGCAGAGGUUUUGGGGAGCAUCAGGAGACUUCUGGCAAAACCAGUGGACCAAAGUACACCAGAGGUGGGAGGGACACGAGACAGCCUUGUUCUAUGCCGGGGCGAUGUUUGUGCCUUUUGCGGCUUUCUGGGGGUCCAAUCUUCUGCUCAUGCUGGUUGAUUACACUGGAAUGCCCAACUUCAUCACCCGUUACAGAAUACAGGUGGACAAGAACAACCCGGUUGACCCAGUGAAGCUGCGCCACGCGGUGAAGACGGUGGUCUUCAAUCAGCUCUUCAUCUCUGCUCCCAUGGUGGUGGUGUGCUGGGCGGUUAUGUUUUCUAGUGGGAAUCCCUGCGGCCCAGAGCUGCCCACCUUCCACCGAGGCCUGUUGGAGAUGGCCUUCUGCGCUGUGCUGGAGGAGCUUCUGUUCUACUACUCGCACAGGCUGUUUCACCAUCCUGCCCUCUACAAGCAUUUCCACAAGCAGCACCAUGAGUGGACGGCUCCCAUCGGAGUGGUCUCUCUCUACGCCCAUCCUCUGGAGCACGUGCUGUCCAACAUGCUGCCUGCCCUGAUCGGCCCUGUUAUCCUGGGUUCCCACCUGGUCACAACCACCCUGUGGUACGCUCUGGCUCUGGUCAGCACCACCAUCUCCCACUGUGGCUACCACCUCCCCUUCCUGCCCUCCCCCGAGUUCCACGACUACCACCACCUCAAGUUCAACCAGAACUUUGGAGUCCUGGGGGUUCUGGACAGGCUACACGGGACCGACGCCAACUUCAGGAAGACCAAGGCUUACGAGCGUCACACCCUGCUGCUCAGCCUCACCCCUCUGACCGAGAGCAUCCCAGACCCCCCCAAGAAGGUCCAGUGAUUCUACCCCGUCACUUCUGACCUCCACCUACAUCCCAAUAAUCUCUCCUUACUCCUGUAGUGUGCACUCGUCCAUACGGUUAAAAUCAUUGGAUUGGUGUAAACAUGAGCUAGAGGAAAAUCUAUGAUCAAGUGCACAGAGAAAGGAGAGAUUAUAGAGAUGCAAUCAGUAUUCCCAUCCUCAAGUCUGGCACUGGGCUGGCUCCUCUCCCACUGUUCCUUUCUAAUCUUGGUAGUCGAGACAGUGGAGUUCUUAUUAAAGGUAGAGUCAGCAAAAUGACGUUGCACGAGCAGCAACGCAGAUGUUGUGAUGAGCAAGAUGCAAGACUUUGCUCUCACAGUCACACACGCUAUCUGCACAUGUGCACAGGCUUGCUUCACGCUCUUACAACGUGGUAGCCGCGGGACAAAAAAACGGGAGAAGUUUAGCCUCGUGCUCCAACGCUCUUAGUUGUUGCGGAAGUUGACCCAAUAUGCUGUUUACUUUUGUGCAUCUACAUCCUAUCCCUGACUCUAGCACCUCAUUACACUGAAAACACAUGGUGGUAAUUUACUUAUUUUUACCUACAUGAUCAGAAGACUUUUGUUUCAUCUUGUUAUAACGUUCCUAGCAGUAGCACUUUCUACCUUUUCAGUCUAACCUUGUUCUCCGCUGUUAAGUAUAAACUUUGCAGCUUGGAGAUAAGGACGGGACAUACCGCUUUUUAAUUAUAAAUACUACAUUUUAUAAUCUGAUUGUUGGACGGCACUUUAUUACUGUAAUUGGCACACAUAUUAAAGAUGCAGUUCUUUGAGUGAUUCCUGUGUAACUGGAGAAAAACGUACUAAUAUAAGGUGAUUACAGUAUGCUUAUUGUUAGUAAGUUUGUGGAUUUUGGUCUAUGGAAAACCAUACAAUCAACUUUGUCACCAUUUGUAUGAUCUGUAUUGAUUGAAUGAUAAAUUGGUCCUUAAAGGGUUGUGCUCUGUAGAGUCUGACUCCUGGGUUGAGAUUUGGGAGUCAGUAUAGAUUUUUACAUGACCCGUAAUUCAUAAACUGUGCCAUUGUUGCAGAAUAAAACCUUAACAAAAAACAAA